UACCAAAAAAGAAGUCUGUAACUUCACGAUUGAAGGAACUUAAAAAUGAAAUAAAGAACUUGAAACAACUACUUAAAGAACGAAAGGUUUCACCCGAAGAGAUUUUACAAAACAAUUAUAUAAAUGGGACUAGAAUAUCACAUCUUAAAGAAGAAAAUAUUAUAUUGAGAUCAAGGGAAGAAAAUUUAAAACUUGAAAAUGAAAGUUUAAAAAUUGAAGACGGAAAGUUAAAUAGAUGGAAAAAAGAUGUUAUAAAAUCAAGUGACGGAUUUAUGAAAAGAACAGGCGAUAAUUCAUUUGUCGCUUCUUUUGAAAACAUUGUUUUUAAUAAGAAUGAAGGAUUAUUGAAAGGUGAAAAUCUCAUUUUGUAUUGUCCAACAAAACUUAUUCAAAAUUUUGAAUCAGAGGAAGAGGAUAUGGAUGAUGAAGUAACUAAUAUAAUUAAACAUAAUACAUUUAUUAAAAUUAAAUCCCGGAAGUUUGAAUAUUAUUCCCUUACAAGCGAUAUGGAAAUGCUUGACACAAUUAUAUCUGUACCUUUAUUAUAA